AUGUCUGCUCCAUCGACAGACCCAACCCUCGUCAAGGAGUCCACCGCCGCCGUCUCCUCCUCCAAUGAGGAUCCAAACUCGGCCGCAACCCCUGCAGCUACUUCUGGAGCAGCAACUCCCAAGUCUUCCGGAAACAAUACACCUGACCCAAACUCAAAAAGCGCAGCCAAGAAGGAAGCAAAGCGACUCGAGAAAGAGGCAAAACUCGCAGCAAAGGCGCUGAAAAAUGCUGCGUCAGGCACUACUGCAAAGAAGCCCAAGGCAGAGAAGGAGAAGAAGGAGGAAGAGGCUCCGUUCGUCAAUGACACACCGCCGGGAGACAAGAAGGAUACCUCAAAGCCUAUGGCAGCCGGCUAUAACCCAAUUGCCGUAGAAGCCGCCUGGUACGACUGGUGGGUCGCCCAAGGGUUCUUCAAGCCGACACUUGGCCCAGACGGGAAGCCAAAAGGAGACGUGUUCGUUAUCCCAGCACCUCCUCCGAACGUCACUGGCAGUCUGCAUAUCGGCCAUGCCCUCACUGUCGCUAUCCAAGAUACCCUCGUCCGAUGGAAUCGUAUGCUUGGAAAGUCCACCCUGUUCGUUCCCGGAUUCGACCACGCCGGUAUCUCAACUCAAAGCGUCGUCGAGAAGCGACUUUACAAGACCACUGGCAAGACUCGACAUGACCUCGGUCGCGAAAAGUUCUUGGAGACCGUCAUGGACUGGAAGAACGAAUACCAGGACCGCAUCACCAAGCAAUUGCACCGACUUGGAGGGAGUUAUGACUGGGAUCGAGCUGCGUUCACCAUGGACGAGAAAUUGUCCAAAGCCGUCAUCGAGACUUUCUGCAAACUCCACGAAGACGGUAUUCUUUACAGGGCAAACCGACUUGUCAACUGGUGUGUCAAGCUCAACACUACCCUCUCCAAUCUCGAGGUAGACCAGAAGCAAUUGACCGGUCGCACCCUCCUCAAUGUUCCUGGCUAUGAUCCCAAAGAACGAUUCGAAUUCGGUGUCAUCACCAGCUUCGCCUAUCCCAUCGAAAACUCUGACGAAAAGAUUAUUAUUGCUACCACUCGUCCCGAGACCAUGCUAGGUGAUACCGCCGUUGCUGUCCAUCCCGACGACCCCAGAUACAAGCAUCUCCAUGGAAAAUACGUUGUCCAUCCUUUUGUCAAUCGACGCAUCCCUAUCAUCACAGACUCCAUCGUCGUCGACAUGGAAUUCGGUACUGGUGCCGUCAAGAUCACCCCUGCACACGACCCCAACGAUUACGAAGCUGGUCAACGACACAAUCUCGAGUUUAUCAACAUCUUGAACGACGAUGGAACUCUCAACGACAAUGCUGGCGAAUUGUUCAAGGGCAUGAAACGAUUCCAUGCCAGGAAUAAGGUUGUCGAGCUCUUGAAGGAACGUGGUCUCUAUGUCGAGACCAAGGACAACCCUAUGCAAAUCCCUAUCUGCAGCAAAUCCGGGGACGUUAUCGAGCCUAUCUUGAAGCCUCAGUGGUGGGUGAACUGCAAGCCUCUUGCAGAGGAAGCUAUCAAGCGCACCCGAGCUGGUGAACUCGUUAUCCAACCCAAGACCUCUGAAAAUGAAUGGUACCGAUGGUUGGAGAAUAUCCAGGAUUGGUGUAUCUCUCGUCAAUUGUGGUGGGGUCACCGUUGCCCUGCAUACUUUGUCAACGUCGAGGGAGAAGAGCAAGAUCGCAAUGCUGACAAGAACUGGGUCGUCGGCCGAACCAAGGACGAAGCCCUCGAACGCGCCAAAGUUAUCGCCAACGGCAAGCCCUUCACCCUCGAACAAGACGAGGACGUCCUCGAUACAUGGUUCUCUUCUGGUCUCUGGCCCUUCUCCAUCAUGGGCUGGCCCGAGAAGACCUCCGACCUUCGCGAUUUCUACCCCUCCUCAAUCCUUGAAACUGGCUGGGACAUUCUCUUCUUCUGGGUCGCACGUAUGGUUCUCCUCGGUAUCCACCUCACCGGACAGAUGCCUUUCAAGGAGGUAUACUGCCACGCCAUGAUUCGUGACGCCCAUGGCAGGAAGAUGAGCAAGAGCUUGGGCAACGUUAUCGACCCUACAGAUGUCAUCACAGGUCUGCCUUUGGAGGAACUCCACAAGAAAUUGCACGAGGGUAACUUGGACGAGAAGGAGAUUGUUAAAGCCAAGGCUGGACAGAAGAAGGACUUCCCCAAGGGCAUUCCUCAGUGUGGAACUGAUGCGCUGAGGUUUGCGCUUUGCGCAUAUUCUGGCGGAGGAAGAGAUAUCAACUUGGAAAUUCUUCGUGUGGAAGGAUACCGCAAGUUCUGCAACAAGGUGUUCAAUGCCACCAAGUUUGCUAUGCUCAAGUUGGACGAGUCCUUCGUUCCCGAGCCCCUUGCCAAGCCAACGGGCAACGAGAGCUUGGUCGAGAAGUGGAUCCUCCAUAAGCUGAACGUCGCUGCUACUGAACUCAACAAGGCUCUUGCCGAGCGCAACUUCAUGAAUGCCACCAACGUUGCGUACAACUUCUGGCUAUACGAGCUUUGUGACGUCUACAUUGAAGCGAUGAAACCCAUGACCGACCCCAGCGCGCCUGCUUCCGUGCAGAAGUCUGCUCAACAGACCCUCUACACCUGCCUUGACUAUGGUUUGCGCCUCCUUCAUCCCUUCAUGCCCUUCGUCACGGAGGAGCUCUGGCAACGAUUGCCCCGAAGGCCGAACGACUCCACGCCUUCGAUCACUAUCGCAUCUUUCCCUGUUUCUGACAACGACUUUGUCUUUGACGAGGCUGUCAAGCAAUUCGACCUUGUCUUCUCUACUCUCAAGGCUGGUCGUUCAUUAGCCGCUUCUUACAACCUCCAGAACGAAAUCCAAUUCUUCAUCCAAGUUUCAUCAGACGCCGAUGCCGCUCUGUUUGAAUCUCAACUGGCCACCAUCGUCACUUUGACCAAGGGAGGCAAGAGCGCCAAGGUUAUCCGAGACGUCUCUGAGCUCCCCCCUGGCUGCGGCGGAAGUGUCGUCACUUCGACCGUUGCCAUCCACACACUUGUUCGCGGCCUCGUCGAUUUGGACGUCGAGAUCGCCAAGUGUCAAAAGAAGCUCGACCUUGCCAACCUCAACUUGCAAAAGGUCGUCAAGGUUGAAUCGCAGCCCGACUAUAAGGAGACCGUCCCCGAGAAUGUCAGGGUGGCCAACGAAGAAAAGAGGAAUACGCUCAACGCUGAGAUCGCCACUCUGGAGCUGUCAAAGAAGAUGUUUGAGAAUCUCAAAGAGUAG